AUGGCACAACCCGUCCGCUCCGUCGACCGUCGCUUCAGCACCACGGCCUUCACAUACCCCGGAUAUCAUAUCGCGGCCUCCCAUGGCGUUGCCGGUAAAGCUGUGCUCGGCGCUUUUGCCUCCUUGGCCGGUGGCGAGAGCUCGACCUACAUCGAGAUGGCUGAGAAGGCUCGUGAGAGAGCGUUCCUGAGGAUGCUCGAGCAUGCUGCUGCUGCUGGUGGCAAUGCUGUCAUCGGUGUCCAGUUCACAGGCCAGGAAAUCAUUCAGGACCUCUCAGCGAAAAACGCUUCGCCCGUCGUCCUACCGCCAACUAACUUUCUUUUUUUCUUCAUCUUGUUCAAUCGUAGAAUGACUGAAGUCAUGGCCUACGGAACAGCCGUGACACUGGUUCCACUGCAGCAACAGCAACAGCAACAACAACAACAACAAGCGAUGACUCCUCAGGCGACCUACGCCGCUGCCGCACCCGCGCCCUUCUCGCCAGUCCAGCCCGGCACACCUUACUCCCAACCCGGCACACCUUACUCUCAACAGCCGACCUCACCUUACUCUCAACCCAUGGCUCAUCAGCAAUAUUUUGCCGCCCCGCCCGCUGCGCAGCCCUCGCCACAGCAACAGCAGCAAUAUGCUACUCCCGCUCCACCACCCAAGAACUAA